AUGACCACUUGGGGGUCCUUCCGCCUCUUGUACGGCGUGAGUUUGACGAACGGCUUGUCGAGGAUUUGCCCUGCGGCCAUGGGUGGAGCCAAGUGGUACGCCGUCCGCAUUGGCCGUCACCCGGGCAUUUACAGCUCUUGGCAAAAGUGCCAGGCUGAGGUGCAUGGGUUUCCGAAGGCAGUCUUCAAAUCUUUCCUCAACAGGGAAGAUGCAGAAUCAUGGCUGACUGGCGAUCUGACAAACAUUGGGUCCAGAUCACAGAUGGCAUUUUGUUCAAGCACAGAAUCGCUACAAAAAAGUGGAAACGGAGUAGAUGUGGCACACAAAGAGACUGAUAUCCUCCAUGUGCUUCAAUUUGAUGGUGGAGCCAGGGGGAAUCCUGGCCCUGGGGGCUGUGGUGCUUGUAUUUUUGCUCCAGGUGGAGAACCGAUGUGGUAA